CUUCACCGUUUAGGACGUGUUAACUUUUGUCGGAGUUGUACUUUCUACCGGGAAUCAAAUGUUUUUUUUCUUCUAUGAGUUAAUCUAUAUGGAAGGGUGAAAAGAGAACAUCAGUCGCGCAAAAAGUGCCAUAACUUUGAAGAUAUACGGAAAAGAAAGUGGUUGCCGCGGUGAUAGAUGACGAUACCUGUCGUUAUGAACGGAUUGACUAAAAAGCAUUGACACUGUUAAUAUUCUGAGCCUUCUAGUGACGAUUGAUGCCGAAUUCUAUAUUAGAUGGAAAUCCACCCAACAGGAUUUCUGCACUAUUCGACGAUAUGUUGUUGAAUAUCUUUGUGAAUGUGUCUUUUCUAGUGUUGAUGUUAAAUAUAAAUGUCGUAAGUGGAUACAACCAGUUACAUAUCGGUGGAAUUUUUCCUAUUAACGGAAAAGGAGGCUGGCAGGGCGGUCAGGCUUGUAUGCCUGCUGCAAAGCUGGCUCUUCAGGAUGUCAACGAGAAAGAAGAUCUAUUGCCUGGAUUUAAUCUGACACUACACAGCAAUGACAGCGAGUGUGAGCCCGGACUUGGAGCUAGUGUUAUGUACAAUCUGCUGUACAAUGCUCCCCAAAAGCUGAUGCUACUAGCAGGAUGCAGCACUGUAUGUACGACAGUUGCCGAAGCAGCGAAAAUGUGGAACCUAGUUGUGUUGUGUUACGGCGCAUCUAGUCCUGCCUUAUCAGAUAGAAGUAGAUUUCCUACAUUAUUCAGAACGCAUCCAUCUGCCACUGUACAUAAUCCAACUAGAAUAAAACUAAUGCAGAAAUUUGGAUGGUCGCGUGUAGCGAUCCUGCAGCAAGCCGAAGAAGUGUUCAUAUCGACUGUCGAGGAUUUAGAAACUCGGUGUAAAGAAGCCAGCAUCGAGAUAGUGACAAGACAAUCAUUCCUUUCCGACCCUACCGAUGCGGUACGAAAUCUCCGGAGACAAGAUGCCCGUGUCAUCGUCGGACUAUUUUACGUAGUCGCAGCCAGGCGGGUCCUGUGCGAAAUGUACAAACAACAGCUUUACGGCAGAGCAUACGUGUGGUUUUUUAUCGGAUGGUACGAAGAUAAUUGGUACGAAGUAAAUCUCAGGAACGAAAAUAUCUCUUGCAGCAAAGAACAAAUGAGAAUUGCAGCACAGGGUCAUCUGACAACCGAAGCCCUAAUGUGGAAUCAGAACAAUCAGAAAACCAUCUCAGGAAUGUCAUCGGAAGAUUUUCGAAAACGCUUAAACGACGCACUAAUUGAGGAAGGAUAUGACAUCAGUCACAAUCGAUAUCCUGAGGGUUACCAAGAAGCACCACUCGCCUAUGACGCUGUGUGGAGCGUGGCCUUAGCAUUCAACAAGACUAUGCAGAAACUAAAAAAAAUGAACGUGGGGAAAAAUCUGAAAGAUUUUACCUACACCGAUAAAGAGAUAGCAAACACCAUUUAUGCCGCGAUGAACUCAACGCAGUUCCUAGGAGUGUCGGGAUGGGUCGCAUUUAGUUCACAGGGUGAUCGUAUCGCUUUGACGCAGAUAGAGCAGAUGAUUGAUGGACAGUAUUACAAAUUAGGAUAUUAUGAUACCCAAGCAGAUAAUCUUACCUGGUUUAACAUGGAAAAAUGGGACGGCAGCAAGAUACCCCAAGAUAGAACAAUUGUGCGACGUGUUCUGAGAACCGUUUCACUGCCCCUCUUCAUCUGCAUGAGCACUGUGUCAAGCUGUGGUAUCGUGGUGGCAAUUGGGCUUAUCGUGUUCAACAUAUGGCACCGUCACCGAAGAGUCAUCCAAUCAUCGCAUCCGGUAUGCAACACUAUCAUGCUGUUCGGCGUUAUCACCUGUUUAGUGUCAGUGAUAUUGCUAGGAAUUGACGGACAAUUUGUUACUGCUGCAAAUUAUCCUAAGAUUUGCCAAGCUCGGGCAUGGAUUUUGUCUACGGGAUUUACGCUAGCAUACGGAGCAAUGUUCAGCAAAGUGUGGCGCGUACAUCGAUUCACUACGAAAACAAAAACCGACCCCAAAAAAAAAGUUGAACCAUGGAAGCUGUACACGAUGGUAUCCGGACUGUUAACAGUGGAUCUAGUAAUUUUACUGACCUGGCAAAUUCAGGAUCCCUUGCAGCGACGGCUCGAAACGUUUCCUCUAGAGGAUCCUAUAUCCUCUAAUGACGAUGUGAAGAUCCGGCCGGAGCUCGAACAUUGCGAAAGCCACAAUAACUCGGUCUGGUUAGGUGUUAUUUACGGCUUUAAAGGACUGAUAUUGGUGUUUGGACUAUUCCUUGCUUAUGAAACUCGAUCGCUUAAGGUGAAGCAGAUCAACGAUUCGCGAUAUGUUGGUAUGAGUAUAUAUAAUGUGGUGGUCCUUUGUUUGAUCACCGCGCCUGUUGCCAUGGUAAUCGCUUCACAGCAAGAUGCCUCCUUCGCUUUUGUCGCCCUCGCCGUCAUUUUUUGCUGUUUUCUCAGUAUGCUGCUCAUAUUUGUGCCAAAGGUAAUCGAAGUAUUGCGACAUCCAAAAGACAAAGCGGAAUCGAAAUUUAGCAACGAAAUUGGUAUUUCCAAGGAAGAUGAAGAACGAUACCAAAAGCUGGUAUCAGAGAAUGAUGAUCUUCAGAAAUUGAUAACUCAGAAAGAAGAUAAAAUCCGAAUACUAAAACAACGACUAGCGGACAAGGAAUCAGCCGGCAAAGGCGGACAGCUGCAUUUUGGAGAUUCUCAUGCCGGAAACAAUGCUCAAUUAAACAACAACAAUCAAAUAAUGGUGACAGCAACAGCGGGAGUCACACAAGAUCUAUGCGACGAGCGAAUAUGAAAAUUAAGUCAAUUCACCAACACGUGAUAGUUACUAGUUCUAGUAAGAGAAUGUUUUACUGCGAUGACGUUGCAUCAACUAGUUUAUAAUUCAGUGUAAAUAGACCAGUUUAUCUCGUCAGAUAAUUGUACAUCAUUUUCGUCCUGUUUUUCUACGAAAUGUUAAAGAUUUGUACAAACGUGUUUUAGCGUAUUUGAAAAUACCCCGAACGGUGUUAGACAUAAUUGAAAAUCCAUACUUGAGCAUUUGAUUCUAAAAAUCUUUAGACGAUCUUUUGUAUAUAGAAAUUUUAACAAUAGCACACUUAAACGGUUAUUCGAGAAACGAAAUUGUUUUGGUUAUGUUCGUGCGGAAAUGUUUGUACAGUAGCACUGAAAACGUUUUCUAUUUGUAAGCUAUGACAGAAGAAUGCUACAAUGAAAUUAUACCACAGGCUUGUGAGGAUUUAUAGAACAUAUUUAGACAUAGUUACAAAAAAUAGCUAGAACGAUAUUUAGAAACUAUUAAGUACGAAUGGUUAGAUAAAAAUAAACGAAAAAUUAUCAAUCUAACUAAUUAUUAUUUAAUUGAUAGAGAUGUAUAUAGAAUGAUAUUGACAAAAGAUGACAAAAAACGACCCAAUACAAUCAGCAAAUUCAAUUGUGACAACGCAUGAAAACCAUAAACUCCGUUAAAAAAUGGUUAAUAUAGCAAUGCAAGCAACUAAAUUUUUCAUGCUCAUUAAAUUCGCUGGCCAUGUUUAGACUCACGCUCAGGCACGUUUUGCUCAUCAUUAUAACCAUGAAUGGAAAUAAAAAAAUUAGGAAACUGUUUGCAAUUUGAUCACUUUAGGAACGUCGGAGUCACUGGAUAGAUCUUAACAAUAGACAGAAAUGUGUUUUCCUGGCUUUGAUUAGAUAAUGAUUAGAAACUAGGCUAAAAUCCUAAUUGGUUCACACAUUCCGUAAUACGAUUCGUUUCAAUUUACCCUAGAUUAAUAAUAUAUGUAUUUAAUUUUAUGUUUACGAAGAAAAUUGAAUAACUAUUAUAUAAUAAACCGUCCCUUCAAUCAGAUGGAGUUUCCAUAAAAAUUAAUCUGGUGUUACUUGUUAGUUUUAUACUUUGUAUGCAUUUUAAUAUGACGAAAGAUAAUAUUCCAAAUGAGAAUUGGUAGGCACAGCAUUGCUUUGACUUUCAUUUAAUUCGAAACCAAACAAAGAAAAAUUGCACUCUGACGUCUUAUAACCACCUAUAUCGCUAUUAUAAUACGAUUUAACAACAUCUUACCGUACACUGUGUGGUUGCUUCAAUAACUUUUUAGUAAACUAUGCCAAAAUUGCUCCCAAAAAACAAAUCAACUGCGAUGAUUGAAACAUUAUUUAAUGAAUUAAUUGAAUUCUUUAAAUGAAAUUUUAAUGAAAGCAUCAAAGACACUACUUUAGAAGUGUUCAUCAGUAUACUGUCAAGUCGUUAUGCUACAUACCGUACAUCGUGAUUGUGGCUAAAGCUCUACAUCGAACUGAAGAUAAUAGCUUAGUUGUAACCAUUCUUUUUGCUGGCGAAUCAUACAUCUUCUGAGAGGAAUAUACUCCUACUAUGAUUAAGCAGUGAGGUGCAAUUUCCAUUAGAAUUUCGUGAGCCAAACGAUUUAAACAAUCUUCUUCCACUUAACCAACUUCAAACGAGAAAUUAAUGUUUAUGCUUAAAAAGGCAAGAAUUGUGGAAAGUCAACUCCCGGUUUCCGCAUCACACUGUAUUGGUUCUUCGAAACUAUUUUGUCGAAGGUUCGAAGUAUAUCGUUCUGCAAUCUUCGUAUUCGACUCUUUCAGAUCCGUGUGACUGGGUAUUCUGCAAAAUUGAACGACUGCUCCGUGGUUACCCUUGUAAGACGAUUGAGAUGAUCCAAACUAAAUCAAAGAAGGCUCUGAAGGCAAUUUCAGAAAAAUAUGUCUUGGCAGAAGUGCAUUGCAUCAGAUGGAGAAUGCUUUGAAGGCUAUUAAAUUGAUUAAGAAGAUUGAAUGAAUAUUUUUCAUUUUAGACGACAGCUACCUCACUUUUUAAUCAUAGUACUACGUCUUUGUUUUGCAAUUGCAGAAUUGCAAAACAAUAACGCAAAUUUUUUCACUGUUUCUCUACAAAAACGGAACAUGUCUUUUAUUUUCAGGAACCUCAAAACGUACUUGAAAAAUAGUGUUUUUAAAUUAUUUCCCUUCAAAUCCUAAAACAACUUGAAUCAGCCCAUAAUACAUCAUUGCACAUUUCUCAGUUAGUUCAUAUACUAGGUUGAAUACAACAAUGAUUAACAACAUUGUUGGAAACGAGUUUGUGGCGAUGCUACAGCGAAUAGUUAAAUUCUGAGUGCUAUCUGUUAAGAAAAACAGUUCUUUCUGUAAAAAAAGUUCAAAUAAAUGUGAA